AUGCAGGCCAUUAAAUGUGUUGUUGUAGGAGAUGGUGCUACCUGUCUUCUCAUCUCAUACACCACCAAUGCCUUCCCCGGAGAGUAUAUCCCCACUGUAUUCGAUAACUACUCGGCAAAUGUCAUGGUCGAUGGCAAGACCAUUUCCCUCGGUCUCUGGGAUACGGCUGGUCAGGAGGAUUACGACCGUCUCCGCCCGCUGUCCUACCCCCAGACGGACGUGUUCCUCAUCUGCUUCUCCCUCGUCAGUCCCCCCAGUUUCGAGAACGUCCGGACCAAGUGGUAUCCCGAGAUUUCGCACCACGCGCCCUCAACGUCCAUAGUCUUGGUAGGGACGAAGCUGGAUUUGCGCGAGGACCCUGCGACGAUUGAGAAGCUGAGGGACCGUCGGAUGGCGCCCAUUCAAUACUCUCAGGGCGUCCAGAUGUCGCGCGACAUCGGUGCCGUCAAGUACUUGGAGUGCUCUGCCCUUACCCAGAAAGGUCUCAAGACCGUCUUUGACGAGGCUAUCCGCGCAGUCCUGAACCCCCCUCCGCAACCCACCAAGAAGGGGAGCAAGGGCUCCAAGUGCAUCAUCGCUUGA